GUUUCUGUUUCUUUGAAGUCAAACAAAGAUGAGGCGCCUUCGCAACCUGCUCUUCACCUGCUACACUGCUCUGAGUGCUUUGACCAGUGCAGCAGGUUUGAUCCGUGUGUUUGGAUACGAGGGGAGAGAUGUGAAUGUUUCCUGCAGCUAUGGUCAGGGCUACGAGGAUUAUGAGAAGUACCUGUGCAAGGACAACUGUGGAUGGGAUGAUGUUCUUAUUACGACAGCAGUAACAGAGAAGAACAGAUAUUCCAUCUAUGACGACAAAAAGGCACGAACGGCCACUGUGACCAUCUCUGAACUUCGUGCUUCGGAUUCUGGGAAAUACUAUUGCGGGGUGACCAGGAGUGGGAAAGAUAUCUAUAAAGAAGUCAGCCUGGAGAUAAAACAAGACAGCUGCUGUGACAAUGUGGUUCAAAUCCAAAGUCAUGAGGGAGGUUCGGCGUCCUUCGGUUGUUCGUAUGAUUCUGAGAACCAGAACAACCUGAAGUACGUCUGCAGGGGGAAGCAGCCGUCCACAUGUCUGCAGCAGGCACUGAUCACCUCUGACCAACAACAAAGGGGACAGUACGCUCUAACUGAUGACAAGGAGUCCAGAAAAUUCACAGUGGCCAUCAGCAAUCUGACCCAAAAGGAUUCUGGGUCAUACCUCUGUGGCGUCCGUAGAAACACCGGACUGGAUGUUUUCUCUGCUGCUGAGCUGGAAGUGAAAGAUUGGUGCUGUGUGAAGUCAAAGGAGAUGAGUGGCAUUGUGGGACAGCAAAUGACUUUUCAGUGUCCUUAUCCGCCUCAUCAUCGAAAUAACAUGAAGUUUCUCUGUAAGGGAGACCACCGCAACAACUGCACAGACAUGGUGACGAGUCAGAGCAGGUUCACGAUGCAGUAUGACGUUUCUAACAACUUGUUUUUGGUGACCAUCUCGGACCUGGAAGCGGGUGAUGCUGGGACGUACUGGUGUGGUUCAGACCGCCAGUGGAGUGUUGGAAAUUACACCAAGAUUCAGCUGUCAGUAGUCUUUCUGCAGCCGACCAGCUCUGUGAUCAUCACUGUGGAAACUGUCAAAACAAUUUCAACGCCUGAUUCUGGCAAACUUACGAAAGUCUUUCUGCAGCCGACCAGCUCUGUGAUCUCUGCCAUCACUGUGGAAACUGCUGAAACAAAUUCAACACAUGAUUCUGGCAAACAUAUUAAAGACGCAGCGCUCUAUGUGGUUUUCACGGUGUCCGCUGCACUGCUCAUACUGACGUUGGCCUUGGUUUUUGUCUACAAAUACAAAUGUUCUAAAGGGCAAGGUGCCGGAGUCGCCACAAACAGAAACAAACCUGAAGCUGCAGGGGAAGCGACGGGUGGAGCAGAUAUUUAUGAAAAUCAAGAUGUUGUGAGGUACUCAAAGCAGAGGGAAUCCAGACAGCAGAGCCCCUGUUUUCAGUAUGACGACGUAGAUGACGACCAACCGGACUAUGAAAACAUCACAGAAGACAUCUACUGUAAUCAGACUUUCCAUAAAGCCAAUAACAGAUGAAUUGUUUUGUCUUCAGCAUGAACAGCAGUGCAACUCAAAUUUAUGUACUGCUGUGAUCCAACAAUUACAUGAGUCUUACUGAAGACUUUGUUGUUCUUUCUGAUCCAUAUUUGUUUCAUUGUUAACAGAAGAUAUAGUUAGUAUGUAUGUUGAUGACCAUCUGCACUUCUUGUAUGAAAUUGUGGAUAUAGUGUGAAAUUUCAGCCGUACCAUUUAAAUGUAAGUUAACUGCUUGUAAAUAGUAAAAGUGAAUAAAUGAACGAACCAUAACAAACUCA